GCGCUGAUAGAUAAUCUCGUGUCUCUCUCCACAGGUCUGACAGGAUGCGUUGGCUGGGCGGGUGGGCGUGGCGAGUGGGCGGCGCAGUGGGCGUCAUGUGGCUGGUGGGCGUGGCGCUGUUUGCUCCGCCCAGUCCUUCGCCGAGCGCCAGCGACCCCCGCCUCGCGCAGCGCCUCCAGCGGGCGGUGCAGGAGCUGGACAUCCUCAAGAAGCAGAACGACGACAUCAGACAGGUCCUGCAGGACUUCACCAAGCAAGUGAGCUCGCUGAACGGGGAGGCGCCCUCGCACGGCAACACGGCCAUGGUGGCUGAGCUGCAGAGGAAGCUGGAACACGCUCAGCGUAUGUUACAACAAGCUGAUGCAACUGCUGACCACAAGACAGGCACCUCGGACUUCACGCCCUCGCUGGAGUUCGAGAAGACGCGUCGCCUGGUGGAGCGCGGCGUGCAGGAGAGCUGGUGGUACGUCUCGGACCAGCUGCAGCAACUCCGGAAGAAGCUGGACGCCUUCUCGGACCACACGGCGCACAUCGACCGCGUCCUGGAGGAGGGGGUCGACCACGUGAGGGUCCUUCAGUAUGACCUCCUCCGCCUGAGCCAGCUGGACGGACUCGGGACGUGGCGCGAGCAGGAGGCGGCCGACCUGAGUGCGCUUAUGCAACGCAGAUUGCACGCGCUGCAACAUCCCAAGGAUUGCGCCAAGGCCAGGAAAUUGGUCUGCAACCUUAAUAAGGGCUGCGGCUACGGGUGCCAGAUCCACCACGUGGUCUACUGCUUCAUCGUGGCCUACGGCACCAAGAGGACGCUGAUUCUCAAGUCCCGCGGCUGGAGGUACAACAAGGCCGGCUGGGAGGACGUGUUUCAGCCACUCAGCGAAACCUGCACCGAUCUCUCGGGGUACACGCACUCGCACUGGCCAGGUACGCGAGGACAAGGAGCGCCUCUUUCCAGGUUCCCCGACUACACGUUCAUCGGCGACUCGAACAUCGCGCGAACAGCGGCCGUUGCAACGCGCUACACGGACGCAUCUCUCAAGGGCAUUAUUGCAGACAUACACUUCUUAUCGCUCACAGAUUACCUGGUUUGCACCUUCUCAUCCCAGGUGUGUCGCAUAGCAUAUGAAAUCAUGCAGACUUUACAUCCAGACGCAUCGGGCUAUUACCGAUCUUUGGAUGAUAUUUAUUACUAUGGUGGACAAAACGCACACAAUCAGAAAGCGAGAUUCCCACACACUCCACGCAAAUCAGAUGAGAUGAUUUUGAAAGCUAAUGAUGUUGUGGGCAUCGCAGGUAACCACUGGAAUGGUUACUCAAAGGGCGUGAACAGGAGAACACGGCAAAAUGCCCUUUAUCCAUCAUAUAAAAUGGAGGAAAUCGUUGACAUAGCGGAUUUCCCAUCAUAUGCUGAGGUUGAUAAAAGAAGUGGGACAUGAAUGAUAGCAAAUACUUAGGUACUUUUUUUUUUAUCAUUAUUUAGAUAGAUUUUAGCUGGCAAAUUAUCUUGAGAUUUAUAUUAUUUUGAUAUAUUUUAAAAAUAUAUUCUUUUGUGGUGAGAUUUUUUCUUUUUAAUGAAUGAAAUCAGGGAUAUGUUUUAGCUUUUUCUUUCCAUUACGUUCAGUCCGAGGAGUGGCUAUGAACUAAGAUUCACACGAGGCAAGGAAAGGGACUUGUUAGUUUCUCUCACUGUAUCCCAGUUUGAGGCAUUAGGAAGCACUCUAGUUUGAUGGUUCUUUCACAUGAUAAAUCGUCACAUAAGGAAUGUUGUUGCAGGUCCAGUAUUUCCUGUACCUUCUCCUUCUUCACAUGUGAAAUGCAUUAUCAUUUUCAUGUGGCUCUUGUUUUAUUUAUUGACGUGGAUAAAGGGCAGAGUUGUGUGGGAAAUUUUUAAAAUGGGGAAAACUGUGUAAAAAAGCACCACCAUUAUCUUAUAUUUGUUACAUGUAAACUAGGAGUGCUCAGGGUAGGUGGCGAUUUUAGAAAUGGUUUCACAGACAGUCUGAUAUUUGAACAUCAAUGGCUAUUAAAUCUUCUUCUUUUUUCUUUUUUUUUUUAAUGUUCGCACCCUAAACUCAUGUUGUUAAUUGUAUCCAUGCAGUAAAUGUCACAGAAGAGAUCCAUGCCAUGUCUUAAUAUGUUUGUGGUUUUAUAAGACGUUCUUUAUUACAGAUUUUGAUGUGUGAAUUAAAAUGUUUCAUGUGCUCACAGUAAAUGCUCCCCACCAUAUGUGUUGUGAAAGACUUCCCUUCAAGGCACUGAAGAAUAAGGAGUAAACAUUUCAUCCUACCAAGAUUCAGUGCCUUUUUUUCCCAUUCAUUCUUUUUUGUUUCAGUUCAAAUACUUGUUGGUGCAUUGCCCCCCCCCCCCCCCCCCCCCCCCCAGAACAUCACCUCUCUGGAAAUGUAAAGUGUGCUGUUUGAGUAUUCAUUACACAUGGUAAUGGUGCCUGCCAAAGUGCUAUGUCCAUUGCUAUUAAACCUUCCCCUUUUAUAAAGAAAUGCUGAACACUAAUGUUUAGAAAUAGGUACUCCUGUUGGCCUUUCAUUUUACUUCCAUAACCCAAGAUGUUUUGCAAAUCAGAAAUUUUGAUUUAUCUGAAGGAGCUUUUACUGUUUUCAUUUGGACCAUUAUUAAUCAAUGCAAUUUUCAAUAAUGAAAAAAUACAUCUGCAGAACCCUCCACUUUCAUGCUCACCGGUCAGUGUUGCCAAUGUGUGAACCAACAGAUCUGAUUUGUACAUUCAACACAUACUUCUGUGCAUGUUUUGGAUGCCAGAAUCGAAACUGGGACUUCACACUUUGGCAAUACUGAGUGCUGAAAUUGGAACUGAACUGGACUGCACAUCAGUCAAGUGUUAUUUUACUGAGAAGGAUAAGUGGAGUGAUGAAACUUACUUUGUAUUAAAGUAUUAAAAUACCAGAAAUGUUACUGUAGUGGUAUUUAUCAUUCUAGUUUUAUAUGGAAUGUAUUUAAAUUCUCAUCAAUAUAUGAUGGUAGAAUCCACAUUUGAUACCAAACAAAGGAGUAUUUUGCAUAAAUAUAUGAAUUGAAUACCACAACAUGUAUAAUUUUAUAUUGUCUUAUUCUUGAGUUGUCCCUAUUUUGAGGAUAAUUUUCUUCAGAAAAACUGGAUCCCAAAAUAUGUAUACAUUCUCUCUGUUAUUAAAUAAUACAUUGAUAAGGAAAUCAUAAACAUUCCUGUUAAUUUUACAUGUACAUUGAAUUCAGUUCUAAGAUACAUGCUAUAUGCAGUAUGACCUAUAACACUAGCUGAAAUUAUACUUCUAAACCAACUGUCAGUAUUAAAUGGUUUCGUGGUAGCCUGAGCAGCAUCUUGUUCCCAUAGUCACUGGCCAUUGAGGGUUUUCCUAAAUAACUCUUAUAUCUUGUUUCCCUUUUAUUAAGUUUGUAUGUAUGUGAAUUCUGACAAUCACCUAUUUAUAGCUUAUGAACUUUUUUCUGGCAAAUAUUUUGAAUAUUACAAUUGCCACAAGCAACUUUUAUAAGUAACAGUUAUGUUCAAAAGAGGUGUUUAACUGUUUUGUAUGACAACACCAAAAAGAAAAAAGAAAAGUACACAUUAUUUAUAGGGAACAUUAAAAAAUAAGACAAUUACCAUCAGUUAUGCAAAUGAUUUUACUACAAAGCAGAUUGAAUUUCCUGUAGACAGUAUAUUAUUCUAUGAAUAAAGUACUCAUUAUUUAUUGAAUCAUCACAAAAGUACAAAUGUCAAAAAUGUUAAUUAACAGUUUUCAUUUAACAGUGGAAUAGAUAUCACCACUAAUUAAAUCAAAAUAAAUGGAUUUCAUGCAGUACAGUGUUAUGUUACAUUUUUCAUUUUUAAUUGUUAAAAAAUACAAAUUAUGGCCUUUGUUUCCAAAAAAGUGACAAAAAUAUAAUUCCAUUUUGCAAAUCCCUCAAAGUUAUCAUAAAACAUUAAUUAUGUUGGAGCAUUAUAAGCUACCAUUGAUAUUCAGAGUCUAAGGAUCUUGCCAACAAAAUAUCCAACAGUUCCAAAGCCAGAGGUCUUUUUCUUCCCACCUCUGUGUGCCUGUCCACUGUAGACAACAAAAAAGUUAAGAUAAUAUACAAUGGUAUUCUUCACCAAAUGAAGUUCACUGGACAAUAAUUAAGUUAAAGAUCAAUAGUGAUGUUUAUGAUAUCUUUAUAUACAAUUUCCAAGCCAAAACUUUUCAGAGAAAUACAUAUUUUUAGGAUGCAGAGUUUCCUGAAAGAAACAACCCAUGAAAUAGGGAUAGCAAGAACAUCUGUGACAACUAAGAAAGUAAUGUAUAUAGCAUAGUUGUAUAUAUGUACAUAAUAUUCACUAGUAUCAAUUGUAUUAGUGUCAACAUUAAUUCACUCCACAAUUAUCUUGAUACUGUUGGAAAAAGAAAUACGUUUUAUUUUAAGAGCACUUGAAUUGAAUUAAAGCAAACUUUUAAAUAUGCCUGGAAAGUAAAAUUUUCCAUUAAUGGCUUGGUGUUUCUUGGUCUCUUUGUUUCCAUCCUUUUCUUGUGUGCAUAAUAUACAAUUUUCAUAGAGAAAAGAAGAAAAAAAAUUGGUGCUGAAAGAAUAUGUAUAUUAAGUUCUGUAUAUGUUACCCUUCCCAAAUGAAGAAACUGAUUGUUUAAAUGUAAUAUUGAUAAUGAAGUGAUUGUGAGCUCCUCUUUGUAUGACGUCUAAUGAACAGUUGUAACCUGUUUCUUGUAUUUCCUAAUAGUGUUCAUCUUCAACAAACUUCAUUGUACAUUCCUGUUUUAUAGAAAAAAGAGAUUGUAUGAAAUUCUAAAAAAAAUAAAGAACAAAAGUUA